CCCCCUGCCCACCUCCACUUGCUCCACGUCUUCCCUCCGCCGUUAUCUACCGCCUCCCCAUCGCUCGCCACCACACCACCGCAUCGCCUCCGCCAUUUGGACCCUCUCGCGGCCUCAUCUCCUGCUCGUCCUUCGUUGCACUAGCGCGUAGGUUCCCCACGCGGCCGGGUCCCGGGGGCUCGCGCAGCCCAUGCCACUGCCCCCCGCUUCGUCGCCGCAGGACUACGACACCGCGUCCUGAGUCCCGCGAGCUAGUUUUGGGGGGUUGUUUGCGCUGGAGUUCCGGAGGUUCGCAUCCAGUGGAUCUCGGCAAGUCCGUUUCCUCGAGCGGAGCGGCUCGGAGGUGCUGCUGUUCCCUCGGGUCGAGCUCCCAAGGGGCAAGGGCGGUGUAUUAGUGGGAUUUUGAAGGGAGACGGCGGUUUCUGACGUUCUGUCGAAGUGUCAAUUCAUACUAAAUUUGAAUUGGAAGCCACUGAAUUUGGUCGUUGCGGAGCUCAUGGGUUAAGAGCAAUUUCUUCCAGCCCGGCUACAAAUUCGUAGUUGGAUUCAGCAUAUGCAUUUCUGACGCCAACAUAGGAUGUGCUCCACCAUCCGUGAAGUCUCUCUAGUUGCACAAACCACCGCUGCACUAUCUGUGUCUCUUUGAAUCAGGUUAAUGGGUAGCACCUGCCAAGCCGGCUCGGAUGGGCCUCACAAGGAUGUGAGAGGGAUCUCAAAUGGCGCCACUGAGAAUGGCCACCAUGGGGCCGAGGCUGAUGUGGAUGAAUGGAGGGAAAAAGAAGAGGACUUACCCAAUGGGCACAGUGCGCCACUGGGCGCACAGCAGUUGGAUGAGCAGAAGGAGCAACAGACUAUUCAGUGGGAGAGGUUCCUCCCUGUGAAGACACUGAGAGUCUUGCUGGUGGAGAAUGAUGAAUCUACUCGUCAGGUGGUCAGUGCCCUGCUCCGUAAGUGCUGCUAUGAAGUUAUCCCUGCUGAAAAUGGCUUACAUGCAUGGCAACAUCUUGAAGAUCUGCAGAACAACAUUGACCUUGUAUUGACUGAGGUUUUCAUGCCUUGUCUAUCUGGCAUCGGUCUGCUUAGCAAAAUCACAAGUCACAAAGUCUGCAAGGACAUUCCUGUGAUUAUGAUGUCUUCGAAUGACUCUAUGAGUAUGGUGUUUAAGUGUUUGUCAAAGGGAGCAGUUGAUUUCUUAGUAAAGCCACUACGGAAGAAUGAGCUUAAGAACCUUUGGCAGCACGUUUGGAGGCGGUGUCACAGUUCCAGUGGCAGUGGAAGUGAAAGUGCCAUCCAGACACAAAAGUGUGCCAAACCAAAUACUGGUGAUGAGUAUGAGAACAACAGUAACAGCAAUCAUGAUGAUGAUGAAAACGAUGAUGACUUGAGUGUCGGACUCAAUGCUAGGGAUGGAAGUGAUAACGGCAGUGGUACUCAAAGUUCAUGGACAAAGCGUGCUGUGGAGAUUGACAGUCCACAACCCAUGUCUCCUGAUCAGCUAGUUGAUCCACCUGAUAGUACAUGUGCACAAGUAAUUCACCCCAUAUCUGAGAUAUGCAGUAACAAGUGGCUACCAGGUGCAAACAAAAGGAAUAGCAAGAAACAGAAGGACAAUAAAGAUGAAUCUAUGGGUAAAUACUUAGAAAUAGGUGCUCCUAGGAAUUCGAGUGUAGAAUAUCAAUCAUCUCUCAAUGAUACCUCUGUUAAUCCAACAGAAAAACGACAUGAGAUUCACAUUCCCCAAUGCAAAUCUAAAAAGAUAGUGAUGGCAGAAGAUGAUUGCACAAACAUGUUGAGUGAACCAAAUACUGAAACGGCUGAUUUGAUUAGCUCAAUAGCCAGAAAUACAGAAGACCAGCAAGCAGUACAAGAUGCUGAUGCACCUGAUUGCCCUUCCAGAAUACCCGAUGGAAAUGAUAAGAAUCAUGAUUCCCAUAUCCAAGUGACACCACAUGAGUUGGGUUUGAAGAGAUUGAAGACAAAUGGAGCUACCACGGAAAUCCAUGAUGAGCGAAAUAUUCUGAGAAGAUCGGAUCUGUCAGCCUUCACCAGGUACCAUACAUCUGUGGCUUCCAAUCAAGGUGGAGCAAGAUUUGGGGAAAGCUCUUCGCCGCAAGAUAACAGUUCUGAGGCUGUUAAAACAGACUCUACCUGCAAGAUGAAGUCAAAUUCAGAUGCUCCUCCAAUAAAGCAGGGCUCCAAUGGCAGUAGCAACAACAAUGACAUGGGCUCCAGUACAAAGAACGUUGUCGUAAAGCCUUCGGGUAACAGGGAGAGAGUAACGUCACCAUCAGCUGCCAAAUCUAUUCAACAUACCUCAGCAUUCCAUCCUAUGCCACAUCAAACAUCACCAGCUAAUGUAGUUGGGAAAGACAAAACUGAUGAAGGAAUUUCCAAUGCAGUGAAAGUGGGCCAGACAGAGGUACCACAAAGCUGCGUGCAACAUCAUCAUCACGUCCACUACUACCUCCAUGUUAUGACACAGAAACAGCCAUCAAUUGACCAUGGAUCAUCAGACGCUCAGUGUGGUUCAUCCAAUGUGUUUGAUCCUCCUGUUGAAGGACACGCUGCAAACUACAGUGUGAAUGGAGGUGUCUCUGUUGGUCAUAAUGGGUGCAAUGGGCAGAAUGGAAGUAGCGCUGCUCCCAAUAUUGCAAGACCAAACAUGGAGUGUGUUAAUGGCACCAUGAGUAAAAAUGUGGCUGGAGGUGGUAGUGGAAGUGGAAGUGGCAAUGACAUGUAUCAGAAUCGGUUCCCUCAACGAGAAGCUGCAUUGAACAAAUUCAGAUUGAAGCGGAAAGAUCGGAACUUCGAUAAAAAGGUUCGAUACCAAAGCAGGAAGAGGCUGGCUGAGCAGCGGCCACGGGUCCGUGGGCAGUUUGUGCGACAAUCUGGACAAGAAGAUAAAGCAGGCCAGGAUUCAGAGAGAUGACACAAGCCUACUAAUACAAAAGGGUGUUUUCUUCGUCGGCAGAUCUGAGAAUUAGGCAGGUCUUUGCAUUGCCGAUAGCAGUCCAUUGAUUCCCAACGCUAGAGUACUCAUCAAUAAAUAAGAACCCAGUUAUCAUUUAUAUGGCUGACUCCAGAUGAAGAUCAGAGUGCUAUGAAAUUAAUCUGUGUAAUAUUUAUGGGUUUUAAUGUGUUAUAGAUGCAGUGGCGCCGUGCCGGUUUGCAGCCUUCAGUUUCCGUUGGCCAUUGCAGAGAUAUAUACUUGUUCAAGGACUUUUUUUUCCUUCGAUAAUCUUGUUCAAGAAUCUUGAGGAGCAAACCAGCAGCGGCAUUGCUAAUGAAGUUGUGCACCUUAAUCUCAGGAUCGAGCUGGAAUAACUGAUUCGACCAGCCCUUCAUUUGAAGAUCGUGCUUUCUAAUCAACAAAUAUAUUUGGUUCCAUUACUUCCUGUCGUAUUCCUUAGCUGCUGUUUUUCUUUGUUUUUUUCUGCAAUCUCUUCUCUCGUAUGUAAAUGUAAAAUAAGUAGGGGCUUGCCCUUCCUGUUUCCUAUAAAAAAUGGUCUCUUAUGCUAGUUGAA